AUGAUAAUCCUUGAGCAGAACAAUCGUGUAAUUAGUGACGUUUUGGAAAAUAAGGUCGAGCAACUCAAAACUGGAGGUAAACCUGAUAGUGUCGAUAUUCGCGUCGCCGACUUUGAUGGAGUACUUUUUGCUAUUUCAAAUCCUGGCGGGGAUCGCACAAAAAUCAUGAUAAGUAUUUCUCUAAAGUUCUACAAAGAUCUAAAGGAACACGGUGCUGAUGAAUUAUUGCGUAGUAAGUACAAAGAAUACCUUACUGCUUCCGAAAAGGGUUACGAUGCGUCACUGCUGUACGACCUGUCAAAGUUCCCUGAUAAUUACCUUGAUAUUGUCAAUGAAGCAGCAUUGCUGAAGCGAAACUGCUUCGCCUCAGUCUUUGAAAAAUACUUUGACUUGCAAACCAAAGGUCAGGAGGGUCAAAAGCAAGCAGUUAUCCAUUAUCGAGAGGAUGAGACGCUAUACAUAGAAGCCAAAGCCGACCGUGUCACAAUAGUUUUCAGCACAAUCUUCCGUGACCCGGAAGAUAUCAUUAUUGGAAAGGUUUUCUUACAGGAAUUUCGUGAGGGACGCAAGGCAUCACAGACAGCUCCUCAGGUGCUUUACUGUGUUGGAGAACCUCCUGCAGAACUCCGCGACAAAAGCGAUGCCAAAGUUGCUGUAUCAAUUUUAGUACUGUUUUCGCGACAUACAAGUAAGGAAGCCCGUGACAACACAAUCAAUAUGAUUCACACUUUUCGUGAUUACCUCCAUUAUCAUAUCAAAUGCUCCAAGGCAUAUUUGCAUUCAAGAAUGAGGGCAAAAACUCAGGACUUCUUAAAGGUGAUGAAUCGUGCCAAACCUGAAGCUCGUUUGGAAAAGAAGCCAUUUGCGUUAGUGCUUUGCACUUCAUUGUAA